GAAUUCAAAGUUGAUGAUUGUCGAUUGAUUGCUAUUUGACAGUUGACAGCUUUCAACAAACUUCCCUUCAAUCCCCUUGCUCUUUUCUGUGUUAAGUUAGCCUACAGGCGGCUUUCAAGAUGUUGAUGCCCAAACAAAACCGUGUUGCUAUUUAUGAGUACCUCUUUAAAGAGGGAGUCAUGGUAGCCAAAAAAGACUAUCAUGCACCGAAGCAUACUGAACUAGAGAAGAUUCCUAACCUCCAAGUUAUCAAAGCUAUGCAAUCACUCAAGUCCAGAGGUUAUGUCAAAGAACAGUUUGCCUGGAGGCACUUUUACUGGUACCUAACCAAUGAGGGUAUUGAAUACUUGAGAAUAUUCUUGCACCUUCCUCCUGAAAUUGUGCCUGCAACACUUAAGCGCUCAGUACGUACAGAGACAGUACGCCGUGGCCCUGUUGGUCGUCCUGAUGCCCCAGCCCGCUCUGCUGAGGACAGAUCUGCAUACAGACGUACUCCUGCUGCCCCUGGUGUUGCACCUCAUGAUAAAAAGGCUGAUGUUGGUCCAGGCUCAGCUGAUCUUGAAUUUAAGGGAGGCUAUGGACGUGGCAGGCCUGCUUCAUAAUUUAAGCAAUAAAAAAACUUAAAAUAAGUCAA